AUGAUUUGUCGCCCCUGUUUAGCAUCAGCUGCUGUAAGCUAUUUAUCCUCUGUGCCGAUCACCUUUUUUAGUAACUGUAAAGGAAUCGUUUUCUAUAGCCCCUGCCCGCUGUUCAUAUUCGUUUCGGACUUCCUCGUUCCACUCUCCGAUUUUAGCUUCGCAGGCCGAUUAUUCGUCCGUGAUCUGCUCUUCGUCUAUCUUUCCGUCUAUCCGUCCGUCCGCCUGUCAUCAAUCCGUCCGUUCGUCCGUCCUACCGUCCAUCGCCUACCCGUUCGUCCAUCCAACCGUCCAUCCGUCCAUCCGUCAUUCCGUCAUUCUGUCCGUCCGCCCGUCCGCCCGUCCGUCCGUUCGUCUGUCCGUACGGACAGACGUACGGACGUAGCAGACGUACGUCCGAACGUCUGCUCGUCAGUCGCCCGUCGUCCGUCUGUCCGUCGCCCGUCCGUCCGUCCGUCCGUCAUUCGAGAGUGCGCGGCGUUAUCGAACAUACCUCUCCACCCGGUCGCUGGCUGAUGCAACUCAGUGAACCGCGGCCAGCCGAUAAUCAGGUGACCCUUGGCUCGGCGCGCCCGUCAUGAUAGAUCGGAGCCGUAUUUCGCCAGUCCACGGCCCAUGAGUUGGUGAAUUUACAGCGAGUGAACCUGGUUGACAAACAAGGUAAAGCCGGACUGGCUGAAGAGUUGAGCGUGGGAACUACGCAUAUAAGGACACCUAGGACAUCACCAGGUCACCCGAAGGACCUCCCUAGCACGUCACCAUGAUCCCCAAGAACUUCACCCUGGCCGGUUUGAAGAAGAACUACCCUCUGAUUCCGCUGGUGGGCCUACUGGGUGCGGCCAUCACUGGAUGUGCUGCGUUCUCUCUGCGCACGGCACUGCGCACACCAGACGUCUCUUGGAGAAAACAGAUCAACCCGGAGCCGUGGAACGAAUACCGCGACAAGGAGUACCGUCUCUACAACCCCAAACACAUCCCCAAGGACAACUGUCCGGCGCCCAAGCUCGAAUAAACUCCCUGGAGUCGGAAUAACCGUGCGGAUGGCGAGCGAAGUGGACCAUGACGGCGUCGCACAGCGCGCGGUGCAGAGGUGUUUGUGAUUGUGAUGAGACGCGACGCUAGUCGACGGCGGUAGAUUGUGUUUACGGGUCUCGAUCGGAUAAGUUCGAUCCGUCUUUACCUCCGCUACACGCCGUGUAAGUUAUUACAUUCACAAAUGAUUUAGUGAUUGAUGUUAUGCACAGGAACCAAUGGCAAUACAUGUAAUGUGGUAAAGA